AUGAUAGAGGCCUUCAAGGACAUGAAGCACGGGAAGAGCAGCAGCUACGACAGUCUGGCAUUGGAGCGAACAGCGAGUCAAAUCUUGCAUCGAAUGGAGGACAAGGACUCGGAGUACGCGUUGGAAAGCACGCGGACAAGGGUGCUCGCGAACGCGCGCGCGAUAUAUGGGCCGAAUCGAUGUCUAGACGUGAUAAGUUUCGCUCCGACUUCCUCAAGAAAAAUCGGAGCUUGCAUCGUCGAGCACAAUCCUUCCAGUAAAUCAUAUAUUCAUUGCUGCUCGGCAAAGGAAAGUUCGCGUUUGGCUGCUCUGGAGCAUUUGCUUGUCAUCACCGAAGACUUGCUUCAACGCCUAAUGGAUGCUGAGGGUAUUACAAGUAGCGGAUGGUUGCCCACUACACCCCAAUCCCAACAUGCAGCAAUGUAUGGUAGCGCGCCCAGCAGCACAGUAGGAGGCAAUGGAAGCGGCAGUGUGGCAAGCAGUGUACAGACGAGCCGGAGGAGCAGUGCCCAACCACAGGAUCUGUUCAUUGAACACGCUCACGGCACGCCACAAUCCCUGCAGUCACCGCAAUCGCUGCCGCCUACACAUCAGAUGCUUUCUCAAGCUCCAUUCAUCAACGAUUUCAAUGCACCCCACUCGCACCACCACAUCCAGAAGCCGAAUCUGCCCAGGGGUAGCAGUGAGACAGCGUUCUUGACUAGUAGUACCCCAAAGCCAAUCGCGCAGCCGAUUCCUAGGACGAGUAGCGAUGUCAUCCAGCACCCCAAGCCGCUGCCUCUCGGACAGUUUCAAAGUGCUGGGCGGAGCAGGGUGCAAUGGAAUCUGGGUUCUGAAGGAUGA